UCAACUUCGCACAACGUUGUGAUUUGCAAAUCUUUGGGCCAGCUGUUGGCCUGUUUCAAAAACUCCCAGGCCCAACAUGAUGUUGACCUUCAUCACUGUUUGGACCAUGGCUGUGGCCAUUCGAAAUCGGGACUCUGGUGAUCCCGUUGAUCCUGCAGCGGAGUCCGAACGUGUUCUCCUCGCAGCAGAUACGGUGGUCGAUCUGACAAGUAACUUCUCAGAUGGUGUGCUCACUGACUCCAACGGCCAGCGCUAUCGCUGCUGCAAGCGGAAAGCGAAGGACUAUGGACUGGUGAUGGCCGAAAAACCAGAUGGGCAGGAGCCCCUCUUGUCGGGCUGCAAGGGCUUGGUUGGAGUCCGUUACAAAUCCUUUGACCAGUUCAAGGACGAGAAGGCCACCUGUUUGGCCUUUGAGAGUGGCCUGCCAUCCCAGCUACCGAAGGACUUCCCUCCUGGAGACCUGGUGUUUGCAACAGUAAACAAGGAGCAUCCGGGCACCUUCUGGCACUUGAAGGUCAAAGUGGUGGAUUCCAGGACGGGCAAACCACUGAAGAAGAUCAAAGUGAAAGCAGUUACCGGAGAUGGAAAGGCAGUCAUUGCCUAUGAUCCGACUGACUCCGAUGGCCUCGUGAACUUCAAGAUGCCCUUUCGCAAUUACAACGUCCAGCUGCAUUUCGACGGAGAAAUCCUCCCCGCGAAGAUCUACUAUGACAAGGAGAAGUCCUGCCCCGAAGGCACGGACGAGUGUAUGACCUAGAUCGCCAUCUACGACCCCACUUGGUGGCGUUGAUCAUCGUUGAUCAUGUUGAUCCAGGUCCCGUUGAGGCCAAGGCCGAGGCGCGGUGACGACUCGCUUCCCGCGACUUCAAAAGAUGCGCGGAGCUGCGGGGAGCUGGGAU